AUGGUCAGAGAUGUCGGUGGUUUAAAUGGCACUCGAAAUAUGUCUUUGGAGGAAAUUAUAGCUAUGUUCUUUGGAGAAAGUGUUAGUAGAAACUUCCACCGAUGUCUUCUUGCCGUGUUAAAACUACAUACACACUUGCUAAAAAAGCCGACACCUAUAACAGAAGAUUGUGAAGUGGAUAGAUGGAAAUGUUUUAAGAAUUGUUUAGGAGCCUUAGAUGGCACUCAUAUUAGUGUUCAUGUGCCAAGUGAGGAUAGAGCAAGAUAUCGGACAAGGAAAGGUUCUAUUGCUAUGAAUGUGUUAGGUAUAUGUAACCCUAAUUUGGAGUUCAUAUAUGUUCAACCUGGUUGGGAAGGAUCCGCUCAUGAUGGUCGUGUCCUUCGAGAUGCUAUUACUAGGCCUAAUGGUUUAAAAGUGCCGCAAAGUUCUUACUAUUUGGUAGAUGCAGGAUACACGAAUUGUGAAGGGUUUUUAGCACCAUAUAGAGGUCAUCGAUAUCACCUUAAAGAGUGGGGCGACCGACAACCAAUUAGUGCGGAAGAGUACUUCAACAUGAAACAUUCUAAGGCAAGGAAUGUUAUUGAGAGAUGUUUUGGACUAUUAAAAGGAAGGUGGGGUAUUCUUAGGACCCCAUCCUUCUUUCCAAUACGUACUCAUGGGCGUAUAGUUCAAGCAUGUGUACUAUUACACAAUCUUAUUCGAAAACAUAUGCCAACAGAUUACACAAUGUAUUGGGAUUCCGAUAGUGAAGAAGGUGAAAGUGAUGAUGAGGGCCUACAUGAUGAAGUUGAUUUGAUUACUCAAAUAGCUACUACGGAUGCUUGGACUGCUUAUCGGAAUAACUUAGCACAAACUAUGUUUAAUAAUUAG